AACAAGGAUACUAUAGCUAAUAAUUUUGUAUUUUGCAUAAAGCGUUAAAAAUGUACACGCUCAUAAGCAUGAUAAGAUGGAUAAAUAUAUGUCAUUUAUUUGAAACGUAAGAUUAAUGUAAAUCAAUACACUCUCAUAAGACGGAUUAAACGAAAGUUUAAUGUAAAUCAAUACACGUGUUUUUUCAAACAGACAUCAUAUUAGAAAUUAUUGUAUGGCGCGCCUAAUUCACAGGCAGUUAACAAAUAUUUCUUUAAUUUUAAAAGUACAGUAUAUAUACUUUUAAUUUGAAAUUAACGAUUAUGCUAAAUAUAACUUCACGUGAAUGGUAUGCAGUUCUCAGUCGACUUACGUUACUAGGUAAAAAGUAAAACAUAAAUGUGAACUACUUUUUUAUUUUUAUAUACAUUUAAAUUUUAAAGGUUUACAGAGUAAUUCAUCAAAGUGUUGAGCACUCACAGAGACCAAGAAAUGUGUGAAUCAGUGAUGAAUAACACUGGAUCACUAUUACAUCGGCUUAAAACAGAACCAGAAUACAGAUUAAGAUUUCUGACAUUUCUGUGUUUGGUCUGGUCAUUCUUCAUCUUGGGAUGGAUCCUUGGACAAUUUGGGCCAUCAAUUUUUGAUUUACAGUACAUCACUAACACAGAUUUAGAGGGAGCAUCAUUUUACUACAUAUCACAUAAUGUAGGGUAUCUGAUUGGUUCGUUGAUAAGCGGGGUUCUGAUUGGUAGAUGUGAUUGCAAUUUCCUGUUGUUUAUAACGAUGUGCAUCUAUGGUAUUUCUGUAUUCGCCAUACCGUGGUGUUUCCUGUCAUCAAUAAUGUUAGUAGCGCAGGCAAUUAGGGGCCUAUCAGGAGGCCUUCUAGAUACAGUUGCAAAUUCAGAGCUCUUGAGUCUAUUCGGAAAUCAAGUCAGCCCUUAUAUGCAGGCCAUGCAUUUUGCAUUUGCUGCAGGGGGAAUAGCUAGUCCUUUAGUCACGGCACCAUUUCUCACAGAACAGUAUGAUAAUGGAGUAAAUUCGUCUAUGAUAAACCAAACUUCAUUAGUUAUGCAGACUGAAAAUGUACGCACAGAUAACAUUUCAUUUCAUAUGAAUAAUAUAACCACUGUGAAUAGAAGUACAACGUUUCAUACGCAAAAGAAUUCACUUAUAUAUAUUCCAUACACAAUAUCAGGUGUCCUUGCCAUGUCUUCAUCUGUAUCGUUUUUGAUUGUUUAUAUUAAAUCCAGAAGACUAGCCAAACGGCAUACCGAUGAGGUUAACAUUGAUCGAAAUGAACGUCGCUUAUCUUUUCCUGUCAAAUUAGUAAUUUUGACAAUAAUGUCUAUUAUUUUUCUACUAUACACUGCGAUGGAAGACACCAUAGGUGCUUAUGUGGCAACAUUUUGUGUUGAACAGAUGAACAUGACUAAAGAAGAAGGAUCAUAUGUGACAGCCGUAUUCUGGACUUUCUUUGCAUUUGGGAGAUUGUCGGGAAUCCCCAUAAGCAAUAUAGUUAAGUCAAUACCUUUAAUUGGUAUAUAUUCAUUUAUACUCGUGAUAUCGUUUCUGCUGUUAUCAUUCUCACCUAUGAUAAAUUCUCCUGUUACCGUAUGGAUUUCUAAUGCUGUGACUGGAUUUGCUAUGUCUAUAUUAUUCCCGACUUUGUUCACGUGGGCAGAAGAAGACUUUUUAUUGGUUACAGGUAAAAUUGCGUCAUUGUUCAUUAUGACAUCAACUUUAGGAUCUAUAGCAAGUCCAGCGGCAUUAGGAUAUUUGAUUGAAGAAGUCAGUCCGAUGUGGUAUUCAUAUAUACUUCUUGGAGAAAGUGUAGGAGUAAUAAUUUUCUUUGUGAUAGCAAUUCUUCUUAAAAAGAAACUCCCACAAUUAAACGACAAUACAAACAGGUCUAAUAAAGAAAUCAAAAUUGAUGCAGAUUCUAGUCCUGAACGGUCAGUACUUAUGCAGGAUGUACCAGAAAAUAAAGUCUCAUAAAACUAAUUUGUAUAAAAUAAUACGAUGAAUCUUAAAAAGAUAGAUCAGUGAAAUAUUCCGUUUGCUUGAGAUCUUUUAACAAUUCUACUUAUAUAAUCAUAUGAUAAUUUAACCUGUAUGCUCAUUUUGUCGCCAUUUUAAUAUCAGCAUAAAUAACUAUGCAAAAACCUAUAUUUAUCAAAUAUUAUUUUCAAUAUUAUUUUCGAAUGAUAACAUGGUUGCAGGCAGUGAAAAUACUGAUGGGUAUGCUUCUAAAAAAAACCAAGCAAAUGCAUAUUUUCAUCUGAUGCAAAAAUAGAGAAUUAAGUGCUGUUUUCAUUUAAAGACAACUAAAAUUUCAGACCACAAAACUGUUAAGCCUUGAAAGAUUUUAAACUAUUUCUCAUAUAUUUUCCUUCGUGUAAAUUCAUUGUUGUUCAGACAUUUCCAUCGGUGUUAAGAUCUUUUGGUUCGCUCUUCAAGUAAUUGAAUUUAACUGGCUUUCAUUUUUUUAGGUUUGAGUGUUUCUUAUAAAGGUAAACCCAGAAAAGCGUUUCAAACGCACCAAGUUUUAGCACAGGUUAAUUGAUGAUACUUGAUACUCUGAAAAUGUACAGAUCUGAAUUGACCGCUUACAAAGUGUUUGAAAUGUACUGAAAAUACAAACCCAAUCAUGCUUAAACAUUUUCCCCAAGUCCAAAAGACAUAAUCAAACCAUUAAAAACUAAAUAUUAGAAAUAAUACAACUAAAAAUAUAAAUGAUUAUUUACAUUCCUCGAGUAUACAUGCGGACAAAGCAAUACAAAAUAUCUUGUUUUCCUCUAUUUUUAUGUUAAGGAUGAACAUUACCUCUGCAUAGAAGUGACAUACAUUUGUUUCAAUAUUUUUUUAACAGUUUAGUAAUGCAAUUGCAAGUGUCUUCCUUUUUAACAUUUGUGUAUCUCAUGCGUGUAUUGUUUCUUUUAUUCUUAUCAUCUAUAUGGGUACCACACAGGCACUUGUCUCUGAGAAAAAAUUCCUAUAUACCAUGGCCAACUAUUAUCUCAGUGUAAGCCAGUACGAGUUAUCCCGCAUGAUUUUAAUUUCUUAUCCGUCUGAUCAGUCUUUUCUGUGUGUGAUAUCUUAUCAAGACAACAUGCUGAGUUUGUAAAGACAAUGUUGACAUUCGUAAAUAAUUUGACAACCCUAAGUAAACAAUAUUAUAACCAUAUGACAUUGUAUCAUGUUAGGUUCCGUAUGAAUACGAGUUUUAUAAACUGACUUUAUUUCCAAAAGAUAAAAUUCGAUUUUACCGAAUAUCAAACAUACAAAAUAAACAGUCGAAAAAGGACAAAUACGAGAUUAUGAUAACCAAACAUAUAUACAUGUAUCUAUAUUUAUCAUUAAAUCGUUGGCUUGUUAUAGUUUAUAAAAGGACUUACAUAAAAUUAAAAUUGUUCUUUAACAAUUUCAAAAGCAAGAGGGUUGUAAUUGUGAGGUUAUGUUAUAUUAGAUAUAAUAUUCUUGAUUUCAGUAACACCAUUUUUAGAGAAGUAUGCAUUGAGUUGACAAUCAAAAUUCAUAUGGAUAGAUGUAAUUCAUGUAAUAACAAAAUACAUAAUCGAAAAAUGAUUCACUAUAGUCAUCAAUAGAAAUGUUCACACGAUGUUGUUCGAUUUUGAUAUAUCUUAAACCUUUCUUUCGACGUAAACCCGAAUAUGAGAUAACGUAGAAUUUGAAUACACAUACACAAACACAAACUCGUUGUAACAUUUUGAUUUUUUAUUAAAAGAAUAAAUUCAG